AUGGACGAUGUAUCAGCAGCUCCAGCUGAGGCAUCUUCCAGGAUCGCUUCCACCUCCUCGUUGUCAUCGCAGAUUUCUCUGAAGAAUGUCCCAUUCCGUCCCACUGACAACUUUGAUUGGGAGGCAUACACCUCUGCCUACUCUGGCAAUGCGCGCGCUCAUCGACUGAUGUACAUCGCAACGCACUGCCCACCGCUACGCAGUAGAUGCAGCAAGGCUGCCAUCGACUUUCUCAAGGAAAAUACUCGAGAUGUUACGGCCUACCAGAGCAUGAUCACCGUCCACAACACCGAGCCGGAAACGAGCAACCUCGUUCCAGCAUCGUACCGCAUUGCAGCCGACUCGGAAUGGAUCCAGUCGACGCAGCAGCGCAAUAAUGCCGAGCGUGAAAAGCUUGAACUCGAAAUGCGCAACUACCAGAACAACCUUAUCAAGGAAUCGAUCCGCAUGGCCCACCGAGAUCUCGGCGAUCAUUUUUGGGACACGGGCGACUAUCAGGAGGCGCUCAAGUCGUACACCAAGACGCGAGACUACUGCUCCACAACGGACCAUGUUAUCGAGAUGUGCAUGAACGUGAUAGAGGUGUCGCUUCGGCUCGAGAACUGGAGCAACGUCCAGACAUUUGUCAGCAAGGCCGAAGGUGUACUCGAGUCGUAUGUGCCUUCUGGAAGCGCUGGAGGCAGGAAGCUCAGCUCGCUAGGCACUUCUGGUAUUGCUCCCCCGACCAAGGGUGCGUCUACAGCAGGAGCAGACGCGAUCGGUGCGCUCUUCCGUGCAGGUGGAAGCGCAGCAAUGCCGACCAUGUCUUCUACCUCUUCUGCAAACACGCAGGCAGGAUCGAGCGGUGAAAGCGCAUCUCAGGCCGCAGCGAGAAAGCUCGUUGCCGAGACGGGUGCAAAGCUGCGUGCUGCCGAUGCUGUGGCCCUCAUGUGCAGAGGUCUGUACAAUGCCGCAGCGAAGAACUUGCUGAGCCUUGAUCCAGCUCACAGUGCUUCCUUCUCGGACAUCAUCACGCCUUCAGAUGUUUCGAUCUACGUGGCGCUCUGCAGCUUGGCCACGAUGGAUCGCGCUGCUCUCAAGACCCAAGUGCUCGAGAGCACCAAGUUCCGCGGCUUUCUCGAGCACGAACCGUACGUCCGCGAGCUGCUCGAGGCAUUCAGCGCGGCGCAGUUCAAGAGAGUCGGUGAGAUCCUGGACCAGCACCAGACGCGUCACCUUUUGGAUCCGUAUCUUGCACCACAUCUGCAGAAUCUGCGCCAGAUUCUGACCAGACGAGCACUCCGACAGUUCAUCACGCCGUUCGACCGGAUCAGGAUCGCACGUCUGGCUGCAGCCUUCGGAUGGACGGUGGAGCAGAUGACCGAGGAGCUGGUGGCGUGUAUUGAGCGGGAAGAGUUUAAGAAUUUGCCCGGGAAGGCAGCUGAGGUGGGCGAUGCGCGGAUCGACGCGAUCAGUCAGACGCUCGAGUAUCAGACUAAGGAUCCGCGCAGAGCGGUGUUUGACUCGGCAUUGGAACUGGGUGACAAGCGGUGCCGGGAGACGAGGCGAUUGCUGUUACGGAUGAAACUGGUUGAGAAUGGGGUCAUUACCAAGGCGAGUCGGUCGUACACGGCUGAUGCGUGA